CUUCAGCACCUCCUCCGGGAAAACUUGUUUCGUUGAAAGUUUGACUUUUUAGGCUGUAACUCGCAGACUUAAUAGAGUAACUGUUUAUGGCUGCAUUACAGAGGGUUAUGGAUCACUUUUACUCUACCUAGCGUUUGAAAGCUUUAAAAAGGUUGUAAUGUCUUCCAGUACUCGACGAAGGUUAGAAGAAGCCUUGAACGCUGGGAAAGAUAUCGCGAAGAGCAUCUCCAGGUAAAGUAAGGAAUGAGUACUCAACUUACGACGCUUUGAAUCGUUUGAAGCUUGGUAUAUACAGAUCUCAAGCAAAAUUGCGGCAUAACUUUUAUCUUAAGUAGAUUGACGAAUGGUUUUACUACGUUAAUAUCAGUUAACAGGAAAAUCUGCAUGCAUGCAGUUGAGACGCUGGUUGACCUUUGAGAGGAAAUUGGCAGCAUCAAACUGGAAAUUAGCACCAUUAAAUUUGAAAAUAAGAGGGACUAAGAAGUUGCAUGUUAUCACAAAAACAGGAAUCUUUCCUAAAUUUCAGCUUUGUUUUAUAAAAAAGUUUCAUAUCGCAGUGUCCAUUCAAAAUGACAUUUAAAUUAAAAAAAUGACUGGCAAGAGUGUAAAUCUUUGAAAUGAGGUCAUGACCCAUUGAACCUAGAGAGAUGUUGCACCAUUUACUGAAUGGCUCCCUAAUAUGAUUGCCAGCAGCAUAAGAUUUAUUUUUAAUGAUCAAUUUGGAACUUUAUGAAUCUCAUGGUAUGGAAUGUGCAAUAACCAAGGUUUAAUUUAAAAGUAAAACUUUCUGUGUAAUGCUUUAACUCCCAAGAUCUGAUUGUUAAUUCUCCCCUCUAGCUGCUAUACAUUUCCAUGUAAAUUAGUUAUGAGAACUUGGUGCUAGAUCAAGAUAGCAGCUUCUACCUGAUAAGUUUGAAUAUUCUCAUUACCUGUUUGCAGAAUAAUGUAUAGAUAUUGUGGGGAGAAUUUUUAUGUGAAUCACUUCUGGGAGUUAAAGGGUUAACUGAAUGAAAAUCCAAAACAGAGAACUGAAAACCUGAAUUCUCCAUUUUACUAUUAAGUAGUCACCAACCUGUAUCUUCAAUGUGUUAAAUCUUAAGUCAAUAAACAUCGGUUUAAGCAGUUUCUAUGAGGAAAACAAAUUAACAUCGUUUUAACAAAACAGCUUUAAAACAUGUUUAACCCUUUAACUCUCAUGAUUGACCAAGACAGAGUCUCUCCUUUCACUAUCAAUACAGUGUCAACCAGGUAAGUUAUGAGAAUAAAGAAAAUUGUCAAUUUAGGGAUAAUUAAUUGAUCCAACACUAAAUUCUCUGAACUAACAUUAUAAGAAUUGUGUGGUCAACAGUAAGGAGGAUGACAAAUUUAAACUGGGAGUUAAAGGGUUAAGCCCUUGGUGCGAAUGGUUUAUUAAUUGGUUGCAGUUUACAAGGUCUGAUUUUUUUUGCUGGGUUGAUAUUUUGUAUUGCAGUGAUUCUGUGACCAAUGGAGAUAACUCAUUGGUUCAAGUAGAUUUUGAUGAUGUUAUGGGAGUUUACAGUGUCAAGUUUUCUCCCAAGCAGCAGUAUUUAGUUGUUGGUUGUGGCAAUGGUGCAAUUCAGGUAAACAAAUAAUACAUUACCUUGUGUCAGAAAUGUGCAUUUUUUUUCUUUGAAAUGGGUAUAAAAGAUUUGUCACUAUCCACAAUCUUCAGUUUAGAGAAUUUGCUUUCUGAUCUAGAGAGCAAGGUAUGAAUAGGUGGGCAAAUUAAGAUGGGAGAAAGGGGAAGACACGACUGAAAGACUAUCAAAUUAAUCUGAAACGAUUAAGUCAAUUUUUGCGAAUAUUUUUGUAAAGACACAGGUGUAUUGAGAAAGUUCAGCUUUAAAUUUCUUCUCUCCUUAUCAGUGUAAUUUCUUGAUGUGAGGUCAUGAGAAUCAAGGAAGUAAUCAGCAAAGCAAAACUGUUGUUAUCUUAAACAAAUUUUCACAUUUUUUUAUGGUAUUAUAAGAAAAACAUGGAAAUCAAGAAGGAGAAUUUACAUUUUGACCAUCAGGCUGAUUUAUGUUUAAAGAAAUCUCUAUUGACAACAACAACAGAUUAAAAAUAUUUUAUUGCCUGCAAAAGGGAUAUUGUGGACAGUGAAAUGGUAUGAAAAUUAAAUAUGAUUUGGAGGCAAUUUUUAAAAGCAUGCUUUGAUCAUUACUGAAAUCAUGAGGUUUGCGAGCUAGCCCCUAAUUGGUGAUUGCUGCCCUAACUACCCUUAAUGCUCUACUUCUGACAGAAACACAGAAAUCAGAGAGUUUGCUUGGUAUGAUCCAUGGCUCUGUAGAUGGUAAAUCUUAAUAUUUUCUGUUCCUGCAUAUGUAUCAUGUUUAUUGUAACAGGUGUAUGAGUGUAACACAGGAAGAAGGAAACUGCUAAAACAUGGCUCUUUGCAUGGUUUACCUACCACAUCUGUCAAAUUUUUUCCAUUUAAAGACAAUGAGUUGAUCACAGCAGGUAAUAAUGUCAUUUUUCCUCAAACAAUAUUUGGUACACUAUCAGUAAUUUUGUUUUAAUUUUAAGUAUCAAAAAAUUUCUGUUUUCUAAUUUUUGGUCACAGAUUGGCCACUUUGAAAAAGCUUUUAGCUUGGAGCACUCUGGUAUACUAUCUUUAAUUUUCUUCAUGUUUAAAAGUCAAACAAUUUCUGGCAGCUGUUUUCUGAUUUUUGGCCACAGAAUGGCAACUUUGAAAGAGCCUUGAGCUUGUAGCGCUCAGUUACCAUACAUAUCCAUGUAAAUUGAUUAAGAGGUUUUGGUGGUCGAUCAGGAUAACAAACUCCAGCUGAUGAAGUAUUAAGCAAUGGCAGAUUCAUGGAAUGUACUGUCCACUAUAUAUUUGCAUUUAGUUGGAGACAUUAUCUUUUCAAAGAAUCUACCAAGGUGAGGUGGAUAUUCCACCAUAUUUUCUGAGCUGUAGAUUUUACUCAGCUGAUGAUUGUUAUUACUAGAUGGUUGCAAAUGUAACCUCAAAUAUAAAAUUGCUCAACAGAUAAAAUAGCUGAAGCCCUGAAAUUAUUCAAAUUGUACUGACAAUAAUUAUGUAAUAGUUAUUAUAACAGUUUAUAAUAGAUUGCAAUACUUCAACUUUUACAUAAGGUGCUGAUGGAAUGAUGACAUGUUGGGACUUGGAAACAUGGAAUUCCUUUAAGAAAAUUGAGGAGCCUCACAAUGAAAUAAGUGCUCUGGAUUUCUCACAUGAUGGCAGGAUCUUUGCAACUGCUGGCAAGGUAGGUCAUGAAACCUGCAACAUUAUUAUCACCCAUGGAAUGUCAAGGUUUGUUUUACAUUGGGUGUUGGAAGAAUCAGGGUGACACCAUGGUGAAUGUGUGGAUGUGCUGUGCAGAGUAUAAUUAGAAAAAAAGAUUGAUGGUAGUAAAGGUCAUUGAUCCUGUGUUUCCAAGAAACAGAAUUAAGCCAUCGUCUGCAAAUAGAUCCUCCCCAAUAGAUUCACCAUGCUUAACAUUCAGGUGGCCAUUUUUUAAGAUGCAUGCUCUCCCAUGACUCUAAAGGCCAUGCCAAUACCUUAACUGGGACUUUACAGCAAUAAUCAUAAUGGUUGCGCUGAUUACAGUCUUCUCUUUCACUGCAACAAACAUGUUUUCAUUUUUGAUAGCAUUUAGUAUUUCAAUGAGAUUUGAUUUUAACCCUCAAACUCCCAGAAGUGAUUAACAUUUAUCUUCUCCCUAUAAUAUCCAUACAUUAUUGAGCAAACAGGUAAUGAGAAAACUCAAACAUAGAUAAGUAGAAGUUGUUAUCUUGAUCUAUCACCAAAUUCUUGUAACCAAUUUACCAGGGAAUGAGUAGAAGUAAGGGGGAGAUAUAACAAUCAGAUCUUGGGGGUUAAAGGGUUAAGGUGAUCUUCAGGGUAAAGGUGUGGAUUCAUUGCAACUAAAAAAGGAGCACAGAAUCGUUUCUAAGCAGCGUUAAGUGUGAUUUAUCCUCAGCAUUUUGUUAAUCAUUGAUAACCUGUUGAUGUGAUUUGCGUCAGUCUAUCUGUGGUAGAAAUAACUGUUGUCUUUUUUUUUCAUAACAUCCUUUUCCCCCUUCCAAAUGAAGGACAAAGACAUACGAGUUUAUGACUCAAGCACACUAAAACUGAAGCGUACAUUUGGAGGAACAGGUCAUCUUGAUGAAACAGAGUGAGGUUUUUAUGUUUGAUCAUUUUACUUACUGGUACUUAUCAGUAAGAACUAAAAUAAUGAUACAAUACAUUAAGUGGGCUACAUACAAGUAUGGCUGACAGAGGGUACCUUACUUUUUAUGGCAUAGGGAAACUAACAGUAUUUAAGCUACCCCACAUAGUGCUAGAUGGGACUACAACUACUACAGCUUUGGAUGAAUCUGCCAAUUUGAUGAAUAAGUGUAAACAUUGGUGGAUGUGCACAUAAACAAGGCAGGGAGUGGGAGGGGAGAGGGAGGGGGAGAAGAAGAGGGAGGGGAGGGGAGGGGGGGAGGGGAGGGAGGGGGCUGCAAGGAUGAAGUGUUCAGUGACUCUGAGAGUCAAGGACCAGGGGGACUGGUGUUGGACUUCAGAUUGAGAGGUAUGGGUGUUAAAGCGUGGAUGGGGCUUUUGUUGUGUUCUUGAACAAAACCCUUUUCCCCAGAAGUAUUAAUGGCUGCCAUAAAACUAUCACGGCAACUUGAUGUAACAGCCUUGACAGCACAUCCCCUCAUGAAGUUCCCUAUAAAUGUUGUCCCCUUCCCCCCCCUCUUGGGUUGUAUGUUUAGAUUACGCACUAAACUGUCAUUUUCUUCAUGACUUUGUACUUGUUAUUGAAUUUCCAGAGAGGAAGACAUUUUUGCCCCGGGAGUAGGCCAUGGAAGAAAAGUUUUCGCUGUGAAAUUUCACCCUUUUAAUGACAACGUCUUUCUGACUGGAGGCUGGGACAGAUGUUUGAAGGUCAGUCACGAACUGAAUCCUCUUCCAGUUUUCAUGAGAGGCCCAUGUCCCUGAGUUUCCUAAAAGUCAAAACAAAGUCCAGUCAGAACAAAGGAAAUUUAUUUUUGUCUUAUGGUAGGUGUGGGAUGUACGAGUAGAUCAAGUGGUUCGCUCUAUCCACGGGCCGUACAUCUGUGGUGAUGGAAUUGACAUGUGGGAAGACUCAAUUUUGACGGCUUCUUGGGUGGCCCGUAAUGCACUACAGGUAAUAUGAAAAGUAGUUUGCGCGACAUUGGAUGAAGCGAGAUCUUGGGGACGAGGUUGACAGCGUUUCAGAUAGGCGCAAUGUGAUUGGAGCAUGUGUGUGACAUCUUACGCGCACGUGUGAUUUCUUUCUCGCGGGUGUGACUUCUCUUCGCGCGUGUUACUUCUCUUGUCGUGCCGGUUUAAGUAACUUGCUCCAAAUUAAAAUUUCGUGCGCUUGUUACGAAGGCAAUCCUAAAAGUAUAACAGAGUAGUGGACAAUCAAGAAGAAUUUAAGGUAAAAAAAGUUACAGAGGGAAGCUAGGAAGCCAAUGAAUUGUUUCGAAGAUCAAAGAAACACCAUGUAAAUUACCAUGAGGAAAUUGCUCCAUAUCUGAUGAAAAAUUGUACCGGCUCUGGUAACCGUAACGAAGAUCGAGAAGAGCUAUUCUUUUUCAAACAACAAUUUAGUUUUGUUGCGAUACGAUAAAAAUUACGGGACGUGACGUAGUUAGAACUUCUUUCACCAUCUUGGGGUUUUAAAGAGACUCAUCCUCGGCAGUCCUUGCCAACUGCUAUUUAUUUCCGGAUUUUGUUGGUCAAGAGAAUUUGGAAUUUUAGUAAAAUAAACUGAUUAACUUGUUUUUCGAAUGUAUGUUGUUUGACCGAAACCAAAAUUGUCAUAAAAGCCUACCAGAAAUGUCUCUGGGAACCAAUUGGAACACAAACUACAAACAAGCGCAGGGCUCGAAGCGCGGGAAAAUGUGAGUUAAUAAGUCACCAGUUGUUUAAGUUUAUCAUCUGAUUGGUUGAGAGGGUGGUGUGAGUUUUCUGGACCAAACGUUGUUAAACAGAACCAUAGCGUACUCGGAUUAUUUUCGAGACUCAUUAGGAAUUUGAAAGGUAAUAUUUUGGUGGAUUCUUAUCCACUGUUUGCACUGUUUACUCGACGAGGUAUUAAUAUAGUGGAUAGAAGUUACAAUUUAAUUUUAAAUAUGUCGUAGGUGUGGGACUAUGGCAGCGGCGAGCUGAUAGAAUCAAUUCCAUUUCCGUGUCAGCUUGAGCACGGGGAGUUCCUGUACGUGGCCCGGUUUUGUUCUAGUUAUGAUCUUAUCGCUGCAGGAGGAAGUGGAACCAAUGAUCUGAAAAUCAUCAACAGAAGUGAAAACAAGGUGCUCAACACAGUUUCCUCAACCUCUGACCCUUAAGAUACUAACAUCUCCGUACAAUAUCACCCCUGAAUUACACAUUGAGGUCGCACUCUUAAUAAUCAGUAUGCAUAUUCUCCAUACUGUUCUCUUCAAAUUCUAAAGAUGCUGACAUGGAGAAUUUUUUUAACAAUCUGUUUUUUUAGUUGGUGAUCAUUCCCUUUAUUCUCAUGGCCCUUAUGUUUGCUUCAGGGGUGAUAUUGUAGGGAGAAAUUACAUGCUGAUCACUCUUAGGGGUUGAAGAGUUAAUGUAAUGGGCUAUCACUUGCAAAUUAUUUAUCAAGUCAUUUUGUGAUUUAUUUAUUGUUUUUCUUAAACAGGUAAUUGCUAGUGUGGAAGGGGAGGGUAAACCCAUUCAAGCCUUAGACGUGUCACUUGACGGAACUCAGCUGGUGAUUGGCAGCACUGGAGAUAGUGUUCAUAUCAAGACACUUACAUGACCAUGUGGUCAUGUAAGUGUCAAACGAGAAGACGGAGUUGUUUUUCAUAUUAUUUAAUUAAGCUUCUUUGGUUUGCUGUAUGAAUUUUUAUAAACUGUAUUCAAAACGUGAGAAGUUAAAAUUUUCUUACCUAGUCCUUAAUAAGGCAAACUGAAGUUAUAUGAAUGAUUGCGAAACAUGCAUUUUACGACUUUCCAAAGUUUACGUACGUCGAAAAGUUUAAAAACGCCACAUCCACUUGUAAAGCUAAAGUAUUUUCAGAUUAAAACAUACUUACGCAUUUCUGAAUAACAGCUGCAUACUGUGAGUGUUUACAAGGGUUAACCCAGCAGACCACGUACUUACCAAGAGUUCACUUAGUGAAAAAUCACGAUGAGAUUCUGCGUUUGUUUUAUUAGCUAGUCAGAUUUCAGGAAAACGAAGCGUGGCGUGGGCCUAAACGGUCGUGGGUCUGGGAAUGAGGUUAGCUUUGCGCGAGCCUAUUAAAAUGCCAAUGUUACGUCACUAUGUGACGUAAUCUCUAUGAUGUAAUGAUAUAAUUUGUCAUCGCUGAAAGAAAAACUGCUUUUAGCAGUGGCAGUGUUACCUCGUGUUUCACGCUUGUGUUUGGUGUCAACAUAAAGAAAAAAUGGUGACGAAAAAUCUGUUCUCGUCUAAAACGUCUCCGGUCCGAAAAUGACGACACCUGUGGAAGUUGAAUCUGGUGAAGAAGGUAACAUUUCCGAGAGGAGAUAUAUAUAUAUAAACUACAGUAGCACUUUCUUGUCGUCUAGGUUUGUGAAUUUGGUAAUACCUUUUAAUUUAGGGCUUCUGGUGAGAUUGAAAUUCUUAGAUUUGAUCUUAAAUCAGUUACUGUCAAAAAAAAACACAAACAAACUAAAAAUACGGAAAAAUACGAUAAACGAGUAGAUUGCAUUGAAAAAAACAUUACACCAUUACGGAAAUAUUUCGAAAACUGAAAGCCGCUGAACAUCUAAAAUCUUUGGGUAGCAUAGAUGAAGUGAGCAAGUUGCCUAAAGAAAGGUUCCUAGCCAUGAAACAACGCGCUUCCUGUUUCAAAUUCUUCACCGAUUAGCGCACUAGGAUCUAAGACAAUGAGCUCAGCUCAUGUUCUUUUGGUGUCAUUAAUCAAAAACUGUCGCAGACAGUAAAGACUAUGCGCAAGCUGUCAAUGUUAAUGCUGCUGGAUGCGCGUUUCUGUGUUCUUCUGUGCGUUUCCGCGCGUUUCUUCGCUCGAGAAAAGAUUUGAGAUGAAACGUUUACUGAGAGGUCUAGCACCAAUAAGGCGGAUCUCUCGAGGGCUCGCGUUACUCAAGGCCUCUUAGAAGAAUAAAUGAGGGCCUGGAAAAUAUCUGGGAACUCGAAGAAGUUGAUAGGUUAGAGACACUUCACGUUCUAAUUCUACCCGAAGAGUUGGAAAGAACAACAAAACAGUGCCUUGUUAACUGCACUUUAUGUUUAUCAUGAUGAGGUCUAUUUCUUUUUUCAUUAUAUGGUUUAAUUAGAAACUACAACAGAAGAGUAUGAAUCAACGGACACUUCACGACCUAAUGUGGAAAGACCGCAGCCAAAAGCGGUCACUCGGUUUCGCCCUUACUUCACAUUCGCAGUUUCCUUGACACAGUUGUUUAUGUUGAUCUGGUUGUGCUACACGACAACUUUCACUGAAAUAGGCUUGUCACCAAGGACCUAUUACAGAAUAGGUAAGUUACAGUCAAUAUCUGUAUUACGGAGGGGACGUCAUUUAGUGAACCCCUAAAAAUGGGGUAGUCAUCAGUGAAAGUGAAGUCAGAAACUAAUAGCUGGUUUGAAUAACAGGCGAAGGAGUUGUGAUUGUCCAUGAGAGCUAUGACGGAGCCGUUUGUUCAGGGGAGGGGUUGGGGGCGUUGGGCGACAUUGUGAUUGAGUUCAAUCCUGGACAUAAGCUGAUUUAAAACUUAACUCAUAGAAUUUAAAUCAUGCAGUUCUGUCGAAGGAUUCAAUGCACUAGGACCUGAACUCUACAUUUCAUUUCUUUUGUCAGAGCCUUUCACGUUUCGUGGUAAUGUCACUGUUACUCACAGUGAACGACCGAACCCCUUGAUUGGCCCCCCAGGAGCACAGUUGAUAUCCCUGGGGGCGCUCUACCCGCCGUGCAUCAGGGAAGAUUACGCGUUUAACGUCUACAUGGUUCACGCUUUGCAGCUGCACGUUGGGGAAGGUGGAGAAAAACUGGGCUGCUGUGAGGUAGAGGAAGUGAACGCAGCAGGGACAACAACGAAGGUAAAAUGUUCGGAUUCAAAAUGGAAUCCAGUGCUUUUGAUCAGUUCUUAUUGUGCGCCGCAUGCCUAGCUAUACCCUGCAAAUUUUUUUCCUUUUUUUUUUGAGAAUGUAUUGAAUAAACAUUUAAUGGAGGGAGUAUCUUCGUUUCGAAGUUCUUUCCACGACAAAACUAAUUAAUAUCCCCGGCGGCUCCAUUUGCCGUCUGCUUUCCCUCAGAACAUAUAUGAGAUCGAGGUUGACGCUGAUGUGAACGUCUCAGAAAACAAACCUCUAUUCCCGACAUAAUCUAAAAGCAUCUUUGGUGGAAUUGACAUAUCGCAAGGCCUGCAUUACGUAUGAAUAACGAGCCAAUUCUUUUUGUGCCGUGUAACCUCGAAAAUACAAACAUGAACUCAGUGCAGUGAUUUUUUUUCUACAGGGAGAAUGUAGCAUUCUCUCAAACAACAAAGCGACUUGGAGGGAAGUACGUUGUAGUCAGCGGUCUUCACCACAAUCGGCUGUCAAGCAUAUCUUGCGACCUUGCUGUAAAGAAGAUGGGCAGUGUACGCUGAUCAGUCCGCAGCAUUGUUGGUUUAUGAAUGGUCGAGUUCAUCUUCACUUUGACCACUGCACACAGGUACAGAGGGCUCUCUUGAAACACAACAACCUUACCGAUUACAUACAGAUCGACUCUUAGGAGAGGAUGUCAUCACAUGCGCACGAUUCACGACCCUGUGCAAUAUCCAGUUAUUUGUACCUAUAAAUCUAACAAUCGCGUCGUGCACACUCAAAAAUGAAUCAACAAGAAAUAGUUAGGAAAGGUUGGGCGGCAACAGGAAUAAAAGCGUGGUAUGGACUCCAUGUAAAAGUAAAGGGGUCUUUUGAAGAUGGAUGCUCUGUAUAUGCAGAGACCUAACUUACAUAAACGUGUUUGCAAUAGUGCUCACCAUUUAAAUCAUUGGCUUAAUGGUUGAAAAUUAGCUCAUGUUGUAUUAAAAUUUGGUGUGAAUCAUUUGUUGAAUUUUAUGACCGAUAUACUUCUUGACUCAUUAUUUGUCAGGUCGACUGUCUAAGGCAGCUUUGCAUUCUGGGCAGUGAUAUUGCAGCUGACAAUUACGUCACACAAUUCGCUCCACGUCGAGGCAAUCAAUGGUGGCGAUUCGUGACGUCACUUUAUCUACAUCAUGGUAUUCUAGACUACCUACUGAUCACGUUUAUACAAAUAAGGUUGUGCUGGGGACAGGAAAACGUUAUGGGAUGGUUGCGCAUGACAAUGGUGUAUCAUACUGCUGGCGUGGGCGGACAAUUGGUAGGGCUCAUGCCUUAUUCAGUAGUUAUUGAGGUUGAUUUUAGAUUCUCUAAGCAGCUAGAUUCUAGAUUAAGAGUAACUAGGAGUGAGUAAAAGCCUGUUAUGCUCCAGAAUUUUUUAAAGAAAAUUUCGUAGUUAAAAUAAGCUGAUUUAAUGCCCAAAGUUUGAUUAAGAUUAUACUGUUGCAUCUGUUGUAACAACUAUACAAAAUGUUCGCACUUUGCAGUUUUCAUCAUUUUUGGUCCUCUCUUUUUUCAGAUUGGCUCCUUAUUUACAAAGCAUGACUCGCCCCAGGCCGGAGCAGGUCCAGCCGUCGGCGGUAUCACGGGCCUGGCUCUGGUUGAACACGUGAUACGCAGACGAACGAUAAAGAAUCCUGGGCGAAGGCUUACUUUCUUAAUUGGCUCGCUCUUUGCUCUUAUUUUUCUUGGCACCCUUCCACAAGUUAACAGCUUUUCUCUGUUGACCGGUUUACCUUACGGUUGCUUGAGUGCAUUGGUUUUUUGGAGUCGAAUCGUGUUUCCACGGAAAUUUGUCUUAUGUCAAUUUAUAGUUAUGUUUACAAUAGUCAUGAUAUUUUUGUUUAGCCUCGCUCUUUUCUACGGAUUGCAGCAGAUAAGCUUAAGUUCCUUCAUGCGGUUUGUAAAUUGCAUCCCGUAUGCGAGAGGUUUGUGCGAUUAA